CAGCGCGUUUUCCUGGACGAGAAGAAGAAGGAGGUGCGAGCAUCCAGUGCGGACACAGAAACGGCUCCGCGGCACCUCUGGAGAGCAGCACGGGGCUCUGCUCACCCACGGCACGCGCUUCUCCUUACGGUCACGCUCAGCGACACUUCGCAGCCAAAGCGGGAGGACGCUUCUGCGCACGCGUGUGCUCCCCCCUUCUCCCGAGACUGGUAACUUAGCGCGUUAGCCUGUUAGCUCCUGCGUGUCCGCGCUACAGGACUUACACCGAGUGGAGCGGAGAGCUUCCACCGGAGAGCCUCCACCGGAGCUGCACCCACACUCACCUGGGAGCCAGGUUACAAACGCAACUGCAGGUAUUCGGUUCAAACGCGACUUCUGCGCGCGUAAUCUGAACGUAAACGCAACAAAAGCUCCCGCAGAACAAGGAAGUCUGAAUGAACUUUGCUGCUAGCGUGUUAGCUAGCCCCUAGCUGCCAUUCAUUAAGCUGCAGCUGACGCGGGUCCGAACCCGCCCCGAGGAGCUCACCUGCGGGAACAUCUGCCCGCUCCCUCCGCUGUUUGAUUCCUGCUGCCAGAGAAUUUCAGACAUGAUUCCCGACAAAGCCCCACAGGAGAACGUCUUCCACGGCUCGGAAGACCUGAAGAAGGAGGCUCACGUCCCCAGCUUCGACAAGUACCGAGAGCUCUACCUGAGGUCCAUCGAGAGCCCGGAUGAGUUCUGGGGCGACGUUGCUAAAGACUUCUUCUGGAAGACCAAACACACGGGUCAGUUCCUCGACUACAACUUCGAUGUGACCAAAGGAGAAAUCUACAUCAAGUGCAUGGAAGGAGCGUCCACCAACAUCUGCUACAACCUGCUCGACCGCAACAUUCACGAGAAGCAGCUCGCCGAUAAAGUCGCCUUCUUCUGGGAAGGCAACGAUCCCGGUGACGAGCUGACGGUGACCUACAGAGAGCUGCUGCAGAGAGUCUGUCAGUUCGCCAACGUCCUGAAAGCUCAGGGCGUGAAGAAGGGCGACCGUGUGUCCAUAUACAUGCCCAUGGUGGUUGAGCUGGUGGUUGCCAUGUUGGCGUGCGUCCGUAUCGGAGCGGUCCACUCCAUCGUGUUUGCAGGUUUCUCUGCUGAGUCUCUGUUUGAGAGGAUCGUGGACUCUCAGUGCUCUCUGCUCAUCACUGCAGACGGUUUCUAUCGAGGAGAUAAGCUGAUCAACCUGAAGCUCUUAGCUGAUGAGGCGCUGCAGAAAUGCAGAGACAAAGGGUUUCCGGUCGAGCGCUGUAUCAUGCUGAAGCACCUGUCCAAAGAACCGGAGGAGAUUCUGGGCUCUCAGUCGCCUCCCGCCAAACGGUCGUGCCCCGACCUGCAGCAGGAAAAACAGGCCGGCAGAGUAAGGAAAACACGUCCUGUUCCAAAGGUCCCCUGGAACCCCGAGGUGGACUUGUGCUGGCACACUCUGCUGCGUGAGGUUUCAGACGAGUGUGAACCGGAGUGGUGCGACUCUGAAGAUCCGCUCUUCAUCCUCUACACCAGCGGUUCGACCGGAAAACCAAAGGGAGUUCUUCACACGGUCAGCGGCUACAUGCUCUACACCGCCACCACCUUCAAACUGGUGUUCGACCACCAGCCCGAUGAUGUCUACUGGUGCACAGCAGACAUCGGGUGGAUCACUGGACACUCCUACAUCACUUAUGGCCCGCUGGCCAACGGGGCCACCAGCGUCCUGUUCGAAGGUCUGCCCACCUUCCCCGAUGUGAGCCGCAUGUGGGCGAUUGUGGACAAAUAUAAUGUCACCAAGUUCUACACGGCUCCAACCGCCAUCAGGCUGCUGAUGAAGUCUGGCAACGAGCCGGUGCAGAGGUACAGGCGAAACUCUCUGAAGGUUCUGGGGACGGUCGGAGAACCCAUCAACCCCGAGGCCUGGCAGUGGUACUACAACGUGGUGGGAGAGAAGAGAUGUCCCAUAGUCGACACCUUCUGGCAGACGGAAACUGGAGGACACGUUCUGACUCCCCUACCUGCAGCCACGCCCAUGAAACCUGGAUCUGCUACGUUCCCGUUCUUUGGAGUGGUGCCGGCCAUCCUAAAUGAGUCCGGAGAGGAGCUGGAGGGGCCCAGUGAAGGAUACCUGGUGUUCAAACAGCCGUGGCCCGGCAUGAUGCGGACCGUUUAUGGAAGCCAUCAGAGGUUUGAGACCACCUACUUCAAGAAGUUUCCAGGAUACUACGUCACGGGAGACGGUUGCCGUAGAGACAAGGACGGCUACUAUUGGAUAACAGGGAGGAUAGACGACAUGUUGAAUGUCUCAGGUCACUUGUUGAGUACGGCCGAGGUGGAGUCGGCUCUGGUGGAGCACGAGGCCGUCGCCGAGGCCGCCGUGGUGGGCAGACCUCAUCCCGUCAAAGGAGAGAGCCUCUACUGCUUCGUGACCCUCAACGACGGCGUGACGUAUAACGGCACGCUGGAGGCGGAGCUCAAAAAACAAGUGAGGGAGAAGAUCGGCGCCAUCGCCACACCGGACUACAUCCAGAAUGCACCGGGACUGCCCAAAACCAGAUCUGGGAAGAUCAUGAGGCGGCUGCUUCGCAAAAUCGCCUGCGAUGAGCAGGACCUGGGCGACAUCUCCACGCUGGCUGACUCCACGGUCGUCGAGCAGCUCUUCGAGAACAGAUGCUGCACCGCAGUGUGACGGGCUGCGGGAUCCUCGACGGGAGGCUCCGACUGCAGCAGGGACAGCGGCUGCAAACCAGCCUGGGAGGAGGAGGAGGACGGAUUCUCUACUUGGUCUUGUACAGCAAAUAACCUUUAGCUCCUGAUGAGAAUGAUGAGCAGUGUUCUGAAGAUUUAAUGUGAGAAAGCUCAGCUGCAGGUAGAUGUGUAACAUCAUAGACCUUUCCCACUCGUGCAGCAGCAGUGACUCCUCAGACUAUCAGCUACAUCAGUGUGUCGACCUGCAGAUGUUUUCCAGAUGUCGACAGUUGCUGCUGUUUUGUGGUUUUUAACCGUCCUGCAGGUGAGCUGAGUGGGCGGGGUAGGAACAGGGUAACACUUCAGGUUGGUCUUCUUCCAGUUUGAUCAAUAUCUGUAUUGAUUUGAGAAUCGGUCCAGCAGUUUUGAGGUUCUGUUCUGGAUUAAGGCCAAUGUGAGGUGCUACCUCCACCUGCUUUCAUGGUAACUCCUCCCCUCCCUUAAUGCCACAGUAUCGUUACGUAUGCCGACGAUUAGCUAAACAUGAGAAUGCUCGACUUUACUUUUAACGUCUUUGUAUUUUUAAAUACAGAAAUUUUUUGGUUUUUUUUUUAUAUGUGUAGGAUUUCUUUUAGGUCUGUGUGUCUGCAUGAUUCUGAUCUGUGAUCAGAAACUUCCAAGAAUCUGCCCAUAAAAAUCAACCAGUAAGAAGUUUGUUCCCGCCUGCAGGGCCGUCUCCUCGGGCACCUCUGGACCUCUUCUGCUGAACACUUCCAGGAAGUCCUGUUCAGAAAUCCUGGGCUCAGGUCUGCUGAAUUCCUCCAGGAUGGCACCGGAUGGUUUAAAAUAUUCCUCGUGAGGGAAUGCACCGAUUCUCCCGGGACGCUUAACUGGCUGCCUGCCGUUAAUUCACAAUCACUGUUAAAUGCCACAAAUACCAGAUGACUCCUUCACACGUCUGCGCCCAGGAAACCCUGAAACGCUUCAGGAGGUUAGAGAAGGACCGUCGGAUCCUCUUCCCAUGUUCCCGUCACCUUUCAGCUUUGAUACGGUGGAAGGCUGGAGAACAGGACUUCCUGGGGGUGGGCUACAAACCGCAGUAAUGCUGGAAGAGGUCCUGAGGUGCACUGGGUGACGACCUGUAAGUGUUUUACAGACUGAUUCUUGGACGUUUGCGAUCGCAGCUCGUUUCUUCUUUUUCUUUGUCAGAUUGAUGAGCAGUGAUCGAGCUCAAAGGCCAGUCUGCUGGAAAAGGUGUUCAGCCUCGAGUAACUCCACCAGUAAACAGUCUAAUCCAUUUUCCUGGAUACGGUGCCCUAUGGCUGGUUUUCGGUUACUGUCUGUGGGAACGUUCCAUUAAAAAAGACCAAACCGUCCAUCUCAGUUUCCCUCUCGGCUGUUUGUGGCUGUUUGAGCCGGCUGGUUCAGGUUAAAGGCCUAAAGUGUGAAAUAUACAGUUUAAUUUUACCUUUCAGCUCUGGAUGAGCACACACUGCUCACCAGGAUAUACUGAUAACAAUAAUAAUAAUAACAAUAAUAAUGAAAUUAAAACUACACCAGAUUUUUGAAGGAAAAUUCUUUGUGUUCAGAGCUGAUCUGUGGAGUAAAUAAACAUUUCAGAGCAUUUUUAAUGUCAGGACUGAAGGUUGAAGCAUCAUGAGCAGCUGAAUGAGCCGGUUAUUUGGGGCUUGAAGGGUUUCCUGGUUUCCUUCACAGAUGUCUGAUUUUGAGGGUCAUGAAUUAGAAACAGAAGCUUGGUUAGAGUUCAGCUUUUCUUUCUUUUAAUUCUGUUGCUGUUUGUAUCUGUGUGCCAACAACCUACGAAGUGGUGGCGUGGGGUUAAAGCUAAUAAAUGUAAAAGUGCAGCUGCUCGUGCACUCAGAUUUGUUUCUCUUUAUAAUCGCUCGGGUUUCUUUUUCAGUUCAUCUUCAGUUUGGUUUUUAAUUUUGUUUGUGUCAAAGUGUUUGCUAUGACAGUAAAUGAACAUGACUACUGCC